AUGACAGCUGUGAUGUCACAGCCUAGUGGCAGCUCAGAGGCCAACGCGCCGCAACCUUUCAAGUCAAAAUGGGCGUCGCGAUAUAGAGGGGCCGUAGUCUCUGACCUGGACCCGCCAGCCGCCCUUUCCCUGAACCCCUCGGACCCGAUCGGGCUCGCGCUGCAGGAAGCUUUUGAGCGCGAGUACACGCACCUGACCAUCGUCGACAGCAACACACGCGCGCUACUCGGCUACAUCUCCAUACCGCACCUACAGCAGCUGAUCGAAUCGGGCCGCGCCAAGCCUGAGGACGAGAUCCGGACUGCCAUGACGUCCUUCCAGCGCAAGGGGAGGAAGUACACGGCCAUCACGCCAGACACACCGCUCGAGGAGCUCGAGGCCUUCUUCGAGGGCGCGCACCACGGCGGUCAGAAGCAGGACUUUGCCGUUGUCACAGACGACCGGAGGAGGUUCGUGCUGGGAGUGGCUACUGCCGGGGAUUUGGAGGAGUUUGUCAAGAGGAGGCCAGAAAAAAGGCAUCGCAAAUGUGACGAGACGCGGCCCGGAUGUCACCAAUGCUCCGUGUCUGGGUGGAAAUGCGACUACCUGGAUGAUGUUAGCGCUCCGGCAAACGUGGGCCGACAGGCUCCGAGCCAGUCAGCGAGUGACGGGCGUAUUAUCGCAGCGGCCCAGUUUAAUCACCGCACUCCAUCCGGGAAGCUGCCGCUCGGGCCUGGUUUCUUGGACGACCUUGUCCGGCCGCCGCCCAGCUUCUUGUCCCAGCUCAGCAGCGCCGAGAGCUCGGGACUUGCGCACUUCAAGUUCAACAUGCAGAUGGUGCACCUGGCCAACAACGUGCCCGCGUUCGAGAAGACGCUGAUCCGCAGCAUAUACACGGAGCCCGCCAUCCGCCACGUCGGCAUCGCCUCUUCGGUGGCCUUCAAUCAUGACCACUGGAACGGGACCUCGCCCAUAACCCCUGAGGUUCUCAGGAAGAUCCUCCUGGGCUGCAACAUGGCGAUCCGGGAGCUUGGCAGGCCUGGAGAUGGCUCGGCGUCGUCUGCGUCCUCGCGCCCCCCUGAGCUUCCGCUACUCGUCGGCACGGUCCUCGCCGCCUGUUCCUGGCACCUCGGCGACUGCGACCAGCUGACCGGCCACCUGCGCGGGAUGCUCCGGAUUCUGCUGGAGAAGCGCGGUGCGAUGCUGGUGACGUCGGAGGACGUCGAGGCCGCCAAAGAAAUCCCGCCCUACGAGAUGAGCCGGCAGGCGACGCUGGGGGCGGCGUACAUGGCAUGGAUUCGGGUGCUGGAUAAGUUUCUGGCGUGGAAGCCGGAGGAGCCGGCGGAUGAGCUGGACGAGGCUAUGCUCCAGCUAAAUUCGCUACUCGACCGGUCCAGGGAGCUCGACAUGACCGAGGCUGGCUACAAGGUCGUUUCGACGCACACUCAUCGGUCUACUUUUACCUGGGAUGUUGAUCGGCGUCACUAA